UGUUCGACUUGCGCAAUGUUGUUUACACUUUCCCCCAGGUGAGGUGCAGGUCAGCUGUGUGGGGACGACUCUGCAGGUAACUCAACAGGGAAAGAUGGCGGACGUUGAGUUCACAAACACAGAGUACGGGAAGAACUGGGUCCGACUGCUCCAUAUCCGCAGGUUAGGGGGAAAACACCAGGAUAUCAGGGAGCUGGAGGUGUCCACCAGUCUGACCCUGUCCAGUAAGAAAGACUAUCUCCAUGGAGACAACAGUGACAUCAUCGCCACAGACACUCAGAAGAACACGGUCUAUGCUCUCGCUAAAACUAAAGGGGUGACCACUCCAGAGCAGUUCGGACUGGACCUGUGUCAUCACUUCCUGUCCAGUUUCUCCCACAUCACCAGGGUGAAGGUGGACAUUACCAUGGCACCCUGGAGGAGGAUGAAAAUAGGUGGAAAGGACCAUGCCCAUGCCUUCAUCAUGACUCCAGAUGCUGUAAGGUUCUGUCACGUGGAGCAGGCCAGACAAGGUGCACCAGUGGUUCAUGCUGGCCUGAAGGACAUGAAGAUCUUGAAGACGACCCAGUCUGGUUUCUCGGGGUUCCUGAGGGACAGGUACACCAGCCUACCUGAGGUGCAGGACAGGUGUUUGGAGACUGUCGUGCACAGCAGGUGGAAGUACAGCACACUACAGGGGCUGGACUUCGAUGCUGUGUGGAACAUUGCAAAGUCCACCAUCCUAGAGGAGUUUGCAGGUCCCGCGGCAGCAGGCAUGUUCUCUGCCUCUGUCCAGAAGACCCUGUAUGAUGCUGAGUGUGAGAUACUGGGACGAGUACCACAGAUCAGUGAAAUUGAGAUGACGAUGCCCAACGUGCACAACUUCACCGUGGACAUGUCCAAGUUUGGACUGGAAAACAAGGAUGAGGUCCUCAUGCCAGUUGACAAGCCAUCAGGAAACAUCCACGCUGCCAUCAGGCGCAAGACAACAGCCAAGCUGUGAGACAAGCAUGGAGACAGGUCACAACAACAUCUGGCUGGUCAAACAAUCAGACAGUAUUAGAUCAACAAAUGUAAAAAUGCAAUAUUAUAGAUUUACAGUACACUCCUGGAGGCAGGGCAAACCUCACCGUCUCGUAUCAGCCAUACGAGAAUUACAUCAUUCACCAGGACUCCAGGAAGAAUAGUGACAUAUCAUGACCAGUCACUAAUGGAGGUCUGAAUCAAACUAAAACCAAACUCCUGGCAGAAUUAGAUGCAGUUUUAAGAUUGGAUUCUUUGAAUGGCUAUUUCAAUAUCUAAUAAAGAAUCCCUUUCCACAGUCUAAUCUCUUUGUUGAGGAAGAAAACCUUUUGUCACCAGAUUUUGUUAAUUCUUUAGCAGGUUCUGGUGAUGUAAAGUAUUCAGUACAGAUAUUAGUAUUCAGCUAAUACAAUCUGUAAUAUCAUUCAGGUAAAUGCUUAAACACUCGCAGUGUAUACGGUGUAUCUUACAGUAAAGCUACUGUAACAGUAAUCAUUCCAAUGCAUAAUAUACAUUAAUGAGCUACAACUCUGCCUAUGUUUUAUGUUUUAUUAUGAAUAAUACAGGCAUGUAAGAUUUGUACGGGUAAUUUGGUGUGAUUUUUAUUUUUAGUCAGCAUAUGGAAACAUCAUGUUGUUGUUACUGAAUUUUAAAAUGUUGGUGUUUUUUAGGAUCAUGUAUAAUUUUAUGGGUUGAGCCGUACUGUAUUGAAAUGGACUAAGUUCAGACUUUGAUGUGUGACUUAUAUGGUUGGACAAAUGCAUAUCAAGAUAAUAUUGAAAUCUUUAUGUUCCCCUAUACUUUAUACAAUCAUAGCUAAUAGUCAAUCUGUUCAUUUAAUUAUAAUAUAUCCACACUAUGUAUAUCCCAAAUGAAAAGUAUUCAGGCAUAAGUAUUCAGGCAUAAGUAACAAAUUACAUUGAAUAAUUAUUAUAGAACACUUUUAAGUGUCUCCAUACAUUUUAUGUUUGCAUUUAGAAGACCAACUGUUGCAACUCACAUCUAAACGUGACUGCUUGACAUGACUUUCCAUUCUUUUAAUAUGGUUGUGCCAUAACAGUAUGAUAUAUGGUAUAGAAAAA